CCAGCUGGACACAUCAACUGUUUUUGCAACAUGGAAGUAUGUCAAACGUGGCAUGCCAACUGGACAACUGUAAACUUCCCGGUGCUACAUCCUCAAAAAUCAACGAAACUGACCUUUCCAUGUGAUCCAACGGCUGAAGUGCUGUCCUUUUAAGUCGUUAACCAAUAACUCAUUGUAUUAUUCUAAUGCUGGCCGCAUAGGAACAGUUUUGAGAAGUGGAGAAGUUUUUUAAGAUUAAAAUUUCUAGGGUUUUAACAGGGGAUAGACAACCUGAGAACACAUCAAUGGAAAAACUCAAUCUUUUAUAAUCAUUGAAAAUGGAUAAUCCAGAUCCAAAAACCACCACAUCUCCACCACCUCAAGAAGAACCAGACCUUAAAAAGCCUAAAAUGUCCACCACAACCUCCGACGAUGAAGAAAUCUCAACGGCAGCCGCUUGCGACGACACCACGACGAGAAAACAGAGAUAUAAACGACGCAAAAUCGCUAUAUUCUUUGCUUACUGCGGCGUAGGCUACCAAGGCAUGCAAAAAAAUCCAGGCGCUAAAACUAUCGAAGGUGAACUCGAAGAAGCCCUUUUUCACAGCGGCGCUGUUCCUGAACAGGACCGCGGCUGCCCCAAGCGCUACGAUUGGGCUCGAUCAUCUCGGACUGAUAAAGGUGUGAGCGCCGUAGGUCAGGUGGUCUCAGGCCGGUUCUACAUCGAUCCGCCAGGACUCGUUGAUCGAUUGAAUUCGAUUCUUCCAUCUCAGUUUAGGAUCUUUGGGUUUAAGCGAGUGACGGGAUCAUUCAGUGCCAAGAAGUUCGUUGAUCGUAGAAGGUAUGUGUAUUUAAUUCCUGUUUUUGCUCUUAAUCCGUCGUCGCAUCGUGAUAGGGAGAGUGUAUUGGCUAGCUUAGGGUCUGGUAAUGAGCUUGUCAAGUGUUUGGAAUGUUCAGAGAGAGGGAGGAAAGUAUUUGGUGCUAUGGGUAAAUGUAGUUUUGAAACGAAAUCUGUGGUUUCUCAAACAGACAUUUUAUUUAAUGAUGGAGAAGUAAUUACAAACUCUGAAUUAAAAGUAGAUACUACUAGAGUUCCUUUGGAAAAUGAGGUUGAUGCCUCACUGAAAGAAGGUUCUGAAUCAAACUCUGUAAUGCCGCAGACAGGCUGCAAACCCGAUAGUAGCGAGGACAUUAUGGUGUCUGAGGACAAUAUUAAUGGUGGGAACAAAGAAUCGGAAACUAUUGAGAAAGAUUCGGAGAUUAAUGGACAAGAGCAGGAAGUGAAAGCAAGUGAGUUUUGCUAUGGAGAGGAUGAGAAAGAGAGGUUCAAUAGAAUAUUGGGGUAUUAUGUUGGAAGUCACAAUUUCCAUAACUUUACCACCAGAAUUAAGGCCGAAGACCCCUCUGCGCAACGCUACAUUAUCUCCUUUGAGGCAAAUACAACUGUUACUGUUGAAGGCAUGGAGUUUGUCAAGUGUGAGGUUAUAGGCCAGAGUUUCAUGCUUCAUCAGAUACGAAAAAUGAUUGGUCUUGCUGUGGCAAUCGCGAGGAACUGCGCUCCUGAAUCAUUGAUAUCAACUGCUCUACAAAAGGAUGUAAACAUCACUGUGCCUACAGCUCCCGAGGUUGGAUUGUACUUAGAUGAGUGCCUCUUUACAUCAUAUAAUCAAAAAUGGAAGGACACCCAUGAGGAAGUUUCUAUGAAAGAUUAUGCGGAAACAGCGGAGGAUUUCAAAAUGAAGUAUAUAUACUCUCACAUUGCUUCAACUGAACACAAGGAAGGAGUUGUAGGAUUAUGGUUACAUUCUCUUAACCACCGAAACUAUCCUGAUCUACGGUUCGGCAGCAUAGUGGACACUAACGGCGAGAAAACUGCUGGGGUGGAGAAUGGUGGAUUUGCUAAUGGUGAGAAAAGUAUUGAGGUGCAAAAUAAUGGAGAUGCUAAUGGUGAUAAAAGAGCUGACAUAGAGAGCGUGGUGUAAGAAAUUGAAAAUCAUAAUGGCAGUUCUUUCAGCUGAUUGUUGCCUGUGAAAAGAUUUUCCUCUUAGCAGCAGCUUAUGUGCAAUUGGAUAAUUUAUCAUCUAUCAUUUUUAACCUUACUAUUCUGUAGUUCCAAGUUAGUUUUAGUAAUUUUUGCUGCUUGAUAUACAAAUUGUAUUUGGAUGUCAACUUAUAAAGGAGUAGAAAAAUUAUUUGUUAGUAA